CAUGUAGUAACACAGCCGGCCCCCACCCCCACCUCUCUGACGCCUCUUGCCGAACUUCAAGCAGAAGUGCGGGGUUACGAGGUGCACCACACGCCAAUAAGGAACCAGACCACCGGAGGUGGAGGACGAUCCAAGAUAAUGCACGUCUGACGGCGCCAUGAACCCCGAGGAGCAGACCGUAACGUGGUUGAUAUCGCUGGGAGUGCUCGACUCCCCCAAGAAGAACAUUGCUGACCCGGAGGAAUUCUUGAAAGCCUCGCUGAAGGAUGGCCUCGUACUUUGCAAGCUGGUCGAGAGGCUUGUACCCGGUUUCACUGCCAAGUACUGCCCGGACCCGAGAACAGAAGCCGACUGCAUAGGCAACAUUCGAGAGUUUCUCAGAGGAUGCUCAUCGUUGAAAGUGGAGGGCUUUGAGCCUGAGUGCCUUUACAGUGGGGAGAAUUUCGGCAAGGUCCUGACCACAUUGCUGGCCGUCAACUUUGCCACGCAAGACAGUGCUGCAGAGAGGUCAUGUCCGCAGCCGGGCACCCAAUCACUUAGUCCGACGGCUUCCUCGCACACAAUCUCCUCUGCCAAGUCCAAAGGCUCUCUGCGGCGACAAUCCAAAUCUGCGGAGAUGUCAGAAAAUGGCAGCGGCAGCAACGGGCAGCUGAUAGUGAAGGCCCGCUUCAACUUCAAGCAGAAUAACGAAGACGAGCUGUCGUUCGGCAAAGGCGACGUCAUCGUCGUGACGCGGCAGGAGGAAGGCGGCUGGUGGGAAGGCAGCCUCAACGGAAAGACGGGAUGGUUCCCAAGCAACUACGUGCGCGAGGUCAAGGCCUGUGAAAAACCCGUGUCUCCUAAAGGAGCUCAGCUGACCAAAAGCUACUACAGUGUGGUAGUGCAGGACAUCUUGGAGCACGAGCGAGAGUUUGUCAAAGAGCUGCAAACGCUGCUGAGUUGUUACCUGCGACCGUUACAAGGCAGCGACAAGCUGAGUAGUGCAGACAGCACCACCCUGUGUGGAAACCUGGAGGAGAUCCUCACCUUCCAGCAGGGCCUGGUCGUCUCUUUGGAGGAAUGUAUAAAAGUUCCAGAAGGCCAACAGCGGCUGGCUGGAUGCUUCUUGAAUGUGAUGUGUCAGAUCAAGUCUCUUUACCUGGCCUACUGCUCCAGCCACCCUUCAGCCGUCUGCAUCCUCACAGAUCACAGCGAGGACCUUGACAAGUUUAUGGAGAGCCAAGGCGCCAGCGCUCCGGGCAUUCUGACGCUGACCACCAGCCUCAGCAAGCCCUUCAUGAGACUGGACAAGUACCCAACCCUGCUGCAGGAGCUUGAGAGACACGUGGAGGAAGCCCACCCAGACUUCUCUGACAUUGUAAAGGCCACAGCGGCGUUCAAGUGUUUAGUGACGCAGUGCCAGGACCUGCGAAAGCGCAAGAACCUAGAACUGCAAAUCUUGUCGGAACAGGUGCGCGGCUGGGAUGGAGACAGCAUGAAGAGUCUGGGUCACGUGCUCUACACGUCCCAAGUCCACAUGAGGACUGGCUCCAGUGAGGACAAAGAUGAGCGCUACAUGAUGCUUUUCCCCAACGUGCUAGUGAUGCUCUCCACCAGCUCUCGCAUGAGUGGCUUCAUUUAUCAGGGACGACUGCCACUGCCGGGCACCACUGUAACGAGACACAUGGAGGAUGCAGACAAUGCACACUUUGCCUUUGACAUCACAGGAAGCAUGAUGGAGCGUGUGACGGUGUUUUGUAGUAGUGCCCAGGAGCUGCAAGAGUGGCUGGAGCACCUGCAGCCGUUUAGUAAAGGAGGCAGCCCUGCAGGCACCAUCCUGAAGACGGUGGAGGGCAAGCCACUCAGCAUGGUGGGUGCCCCCACUCACUUGUCCCACCUUGGCAGCUUCAGCGCCGUCAGCCGCGGGCCCCUGGAACCACCAAAGAUGAGCAAGCCCUGGUCACUCAGCUGCCUGCGUCCGGCACCUCCCCUCAAGCCCUCGGCCGCGUUGGGUUACAAAGAGAGGAUGUCUUAUAUCAUGAAGGACUCCAGCAAGAGUCCACGGCCCAUGAAGAAGUUCCUGCCUGGAAACAGAAAGAAGGAAAGGAAGCCUUCGGAUGACGAGGUUCACAUGAGAAGAAGCACGGUGGCUCUGGAGGAGGACGCUCAGAUCCUGAGGGUGAUCGAGGCCUACUGCACAGGGGCCAGCCUGCACUCCACCAGCACACCUGUGCGUAAGGACUGCGUGCCUCAGGUGCUCCUUCCCGAGGAAGAGAAGAUCAUUGUGGAGGAGAUGAAAAGCAACGGGCAGACGGUCAUUGAGGAAAAGAGUCUGGUUGAUGCAAUGUAUGCUUUAAAGGAUGAGGUCCAUGAACUGAAAAAGGAGAACAAAUGGAUAAAGCAGUUUCUGGAGGAGGAGCAGAAGUCUCGCAAAGAGCUGGAGAGGGUGGUGAGGAAGCUGGCCAAGCAGAAGAACGACUGCACGUGGGACGACGGAGGCGGCGGGGGCGCCCACUGAACACAGAACAAGCUAUGUGUGUGUAUGUAUGUGUGUGUGUGGUUGUCUUUUAUGCGUGCGUGUCAAAGAAUGUCUUCGAAGAGUUGCCCACAAAGCCACAGAAUUUCAGAAUACAUACAUAUAGCUGUUAACAGUUAAUGUUUUCCAAUCUUUCUUGAGCCAAGGCACAUAUAUCGGAAAUCUCACGGUACGUCAUUAAACAAAAAUGCCCCCCCCCCCCCCCCCCCAUCUAAAUGAAAUCUUCAAUUCCUUCAACACCAAGAUGGUGGCAGAGCACUGCAUAUGUCUUAAUGAAACUCAUCUCCCUUAAAAAAUGUCCCCCACCCACAAACAAAAACAAAACGUGAUUUUUGUAAAGGAUGCAUUGCAUGUCUGCAACCACACACGCACGCACUCGCAUUUUCACGCUCAUGGCCUGUUUCACCGGACGCUACUGUGAACUUUUUUCAACCAGAAAGUGGAACAAAAAAAAAAAAACAAGGUCACGGCAGCCUCCGCUUAUUUUUUUUUUUUUUAAUGCUCAAGUCUGAACAGGAAGCUAUCGGGUCCACCGUUGAGUGCUUGUUACCAUUUCAACUGUUUCUCCCCCUUUGCCAUCAUUUGUUUGUUGUGCAGCCAGGAUGUUGAUAUAUUAAGCUCUGUACUGUACAUAUAGAGUUUUAAGUCAUAUCAAAGUUCUCCCACCCCCAUCAAUGUUACAUGUGACUCAUAAAAAAGCUGAAUGUUUGAUUUCAAACAUUCACGCAGCUUUUUAUUACAGGUCAUCUGUAGCAUUGUAAAUAUAUUCAAAUAUUAAAUAAGAUAAUCACAUUUAUUGAUUAAUGCUUAACAAGCUGAUGUGCAUGAAAAAAAUGCUCAUUUCUAAAAUAUAUUUUCAUUCAUGCAUUCAUUGUUGUUUGGGUUUUUUAAUAUUUUAUUUAUUUAUUUGUGGCGUCACUCUGAAAUAUUUUCAAAGCACAAAUUAAAUUUAAUGGCUGAAAGUGUUGUUUUGAAUCCAAAUUGUAAGUCUUCCUUGUUGAUUUGUUAGCCCAACCCUAAAAGUGCCUCCAGAUGAGGUUAUUUUUUGAACUAAAAUCAUAUUGCUUUUCUGGGUUUUUUUUAAAAAAAAUUUCAGAUGUCAUAAUAUGACAAUGAGAAUACAAUGAAUAUAUAUAUACAUAUAUGAGAAUAGAAGAAAGCAAUAAUGUAGGGUGAAUUGCAACUUUAACAUGGCUAACAAAAAAAAAGGUGUACAGUUUUGCUGUGCGGGUUCCAAUUUUCAUCUUGUAAUAAUCAUUGUCCUAUGGUACAAGGCAGUGUGCGUCUUGCUCAAGAGCACUGCGGCAAUGUAAAUGCAACAGACAGGCACUCUACUUCCUGUAUACUGUUUUGAAUAGCUUAAAACGUCUGCAGCCUCACUCAGCACUUCACUGCGGCGGGAAUUUUCAUCUCACGUCAAGUCUGCUUUUAAAGGUUCUAUGCAAUUAUUAUAAUUAUUGUAUUGUUGCAUUUUUUCUAAGCACUCUGUAUUUUAUGUUGUCAUUAAAAAUUUCAUAUUCCAAGCGUA